AUGCGAAGAUUCGUGACAAGGAAGAAGCUAAGUGGUCAAGUUUUUGGUCUCAAAGUUGGCAGCUGCUCUCUGGUAACCGAAGUUCCCAAAUUACAGAAUCUAACAAGAUAUCCUACUGCCAAUAAAUUUCGUGGUGCAAGAACGGCUUUACGAAACCCAUAUUUGAACAAAACGGUAAUUCACGAACCAAGCCGCAUUACGAUGAGCGUUGAAGACUCUCUUGAGCCUUUAAAAGCCAUCUCGAAGCCUAUCGUAUGGGUUGAUUGUGAAAUGACGGGCCUGGACCACACCAAAGACAAGAUCAUUGAGAUAUGCUGCAUCAUCACCGAUGGAGAUCUGAAUGUGGUUGACAAAGACGGCUAUGAAAGUGUGGUGCACUGCGAGAAAAGCGUGUUGGAUGGGAUGGACGAGUGGUGUGUAGAACACCACGGCUCUAGUGGUCUAACGGAAAAAGUGCUUCAAUCGACAAAGACUACUCAACAGGUCGAAGACGAAUUGCUGGCCUACAUUCAAAAAUGGAUCCCGGCGGAACGUCGCGCAGUGUUAGCGGGGAACACGGUCCAUAUGGACCGUCUGUUUAUGCUGCGGGAGUUCCCCAAAGUGGUUAGCCAUCUAUUCUACCGGAUCAUUGAUGUGAGCACCAUCAUGGAGGUAUCGUUCCGACACAAUCCCGAGCUGGCAAGCGUAUUCCCUCGCAAGAAGGGCGCGCAUACCGCCAGAUCCGACAUUCUAGAGAGCAUUGAGCAGCUGCGGUGGUACAGACAACAUUACUUGAAGAAUAGUGUCGAGACAGAAGAAUUUGUCGCCCAACGAAGAGCAGAAUUGGACGCUGCGAAGCAGCAAGAGACGCAGGACGAAAUAAAGCAGAAUGAUUCAACAGCUUUAGGGACAGUCUUACAAAAUGCCAAGAACUCGUUGAAGAACGAAGCCGAAGACAAGAAAUCUCCAGACACCAACGGUGAGGAAAAUCCUGCCAAAAAACAGAGACUAGGUUGA